UCGGCCCGCACCUUCGUCGUCGGCCUCUUCGUUGGCGUGAGAAAGACAAACUCAACGAAUGCCCAAUGUUUGCCGGCAAAUAUUCGCCAGCUAAUCAAUCUCAGCGACUAAUGACUGACCAGCUGACAAAUCAAGUUCGGUUCGUCGUUCUGUCGCGGCGCUUUUCCCUUUUACUUGCACCAAAGCGCCCGGCCCGCAGCAGCAGAAACCGGAGCAGCGAAAUCCAUUCUUAAUUAUUUGCAUAAAUCUAUGGACGGCCAGGGGGACAAGGCGUCAUUCGUAUUUUUGCGUUUUGUUUUAGUCUCUCCGUUUCGCGAAAUCUUCUUUUGGUUAUGUCGGUCAGGUCUGGGGUGAAACUUCGGGUCAGAGCGAACUAAAAUCUAUUAGCCACAGCUCGGCACAGAUCAGUUGCGUUUUGAGUGCCAUCGAGAGCGUUGGGCUUCUUGGUAUCUUGUGCCACUUUGAGUUAUCUAACAUGCAGCUCGUACUCGGACUCCUCAUCAUCAUCCUGGGCGUCCACUGGGGUGUGGAGGCACGCGUCCGCGGCAAGCUCUACGACGAGGAGAAAGACACCAUCAUUGAGCUACCAAAGCUGGGCAGCAUCCAGGGAAAAAUUCUAGAAACUGCCUGGACCAAGCGGGAGGUGCUGCAAUUUGUCGAUGUCAGAUACGCCGAGCCUCCCACGGGUCAGCAUCGAUUCAAGGCACCGCGACCGAUUGAACCGUGGGAAGAUGUGAUGGAUGCCACAGCGGAAAAGAUUGGAUGCCCUUCGGUGGUGUCGAUGGACUCGCUGCGCAAGCUGGACGAUGUGCUGGACGUUGAGGAUUGCCUUACGAUGACCAUCACAACGCCGAAUGUGACUGCAAAGCUGCCCGUGCUGGUCUACAUACACGGGGAGUAUCUGUACGAGGGCAGCAACUCCGAGGCGCCGCCAGACUAUCUGCUCGAGAAGGAUGUGGUGCUGGUGACGCCGCAGUACCGCUUGGGCCCCUUCGGCUUUCUGUCAACCAAAACCGAUGAAAUACCCGGAAACGCUGGAUUCCUGGACAUCUUUCUUGCUCUGCAGUUUGUCAAACAUUUCAUCAAGUACUUUGGCGGCGAUGCGUCUCGUGUCACUGUGGCGGGACAGGUAGGUGGAGCGGCCAUCGCACAUUUGCUCACCCUCUCGCCGCUGGUGCAGCGGGGUCUCUUUAGCCAGGUGAUCUACCACUCGGGCUCGGCCAUUAUGCCCAUCUUCCUCGAGGAGGAUCCUCGCAAGCACGCCCAGGAGAUAGCCAAGAAGGCUGACUGCAAGAUGGUGACAGUGCGAGACCUCAACACUUGCCUCAUGGAGCUCACGGCAUUGGAGCUGCUGAACGCUUUCAUGGAACAUGCGCUCGAGAAAUCUGACCUGGGCAUUGGCCAUACGGGCGGCAUACAGUUCACCAUUGGUGGACCGAGUGGCGUGCUGCCGAAGCAUCCCUACGAUCUCAUGCUGGAGUCCAAUUUCUCCUAUCCGGCCAUGGGUGGCUGCCCCAAAAACGCCGGCACUCGAGUGCUCAACGAGAUCGUGGACAACGACUUCGAGGGAAAGAUUCCGGAUGAUGAGUACGAUACGUACAACUACAUCGACCAUGUGAUACGCCAGGUGGUGGGCACUGACAAGACCAUGCUGCUCACCAGCUUCGUCACGCACGACUUCUUCAAUCGCCAGCUGCUGGAGAAUGGAACUUUCGACACCCUGAUACCCAGGCUCAUCGAUGUGGCUGGAACCCUGAAUCACAAGCUGCCCGUGCUGCUGGCGCUGAAUAUGAACAACAAACACAACCCGGACAACACGUUCCUCUACUCAUUCGACUAUGCGGGCGAGUUCAAUAGGUAUCGUGAAAUGGACGAGGAGACGAACAUGCAGAGUCCGUUCAAGGCGGGCGUCUCGCUGACCGACGAGGCCCUCUACCUCUUCCCCUAUCCCGAUCAUGUGAAGCGUCUGAGUCCGCCGGACGUGACAAUGGCCCACCGAAUGGUCGAACUGUGGACAAACUUUGUGAUCAGCGGCAAUCCCCUGGGCUCCUAUCGUUCCGGCUAUUGGCCGCCAAUGACCACGCUCUACGGCCCGUACAUGAAGAUCGACGAGACGCUGACAAUUGGCGGCAACUAUUUCAACGAGUUCUCCGCCACGUUGCGCGACGAGGAUCAGGGCCAGAGUCUUAUACGCGAAAUCUACUACCUUCGCAGCCAAAGUCGCAAGAGGGCCAAGGCACAGCGCAAGAAGCAAUUGGCUGCGGCAACUGCCAGUCGGAUGAAGAAGCUGGAGGUUCGCAAGAGUCUGGUGAAGCGACCAAAUCGCAACAAGAUACGGCUAUGAAGCCAUGCACUGAGCCAAUUAAAAAUAAGCCCAUCGAUGGAGCAGAUCCUUCCAGAUCUUGCAUUACAAUUGGUAUUGAUUACUCAUAUGAUACAUAUUUUAUAUUUAAUAAAGAACUCUUAA